CUUUGACGAGGUGUAAUUCGGUUCACAUUUAAGGUCCGGCGGAUUGUGCUGGUCCUGCAUGCGCUUGGUGGUACAGGGACUGUCACGGGCGAAUCGCACGUUCGGGCUUGACCUCCCGAGCUUGGGUCAUCUUGUUUGGAGCUUGCAUUGCUUCAGCUUGAAACAGCCUUCGAUAAGGCUUGAUCCAGGCCCAACAGGGAUCAUCGCAGUUUCGCUCGGCGGCCUGGUAUCUUCAAGAUCUCACUUACACGCAUCCGCCAUCCAACCCCUUUGCAACAUUCGAGCGGUGGAAAUGACCUGAGCCCAUCCAGCUGGACUGAGUGAAAGACGGCGGUUCUUGCCAGUCCCCAGAUUUCACCUCGCAGUCACCAUGGCCGUGUGGGAAACGGAAGAUGAAUCAACCGGACCGGUGGCGUCCCUGCCGACCCCCGCUGAACCUCCCCACCGGGCUCUCUCGCGCACCGUUUCACGCGGCUCGCGGAAGUCAGCGAGGUCGAUCACGCCUCCCGGAAAGAAGGGCAAAAGUCGGUCCCCCACCCCAGGCACUGGAGACAAGAGCGAGAGGGGAUCCAAGAGGUCCUCGAGGGACGUCAGCACCGACGAGAACAUCAGCAUCCUGGACCCGCGCCGUUUCACGCCAACACUCCAUGCGAGCUUGGUCUCCGAGAUCCUGUCCUUGAGGCGGGACCAGGAGGAGAAGCUGAAGAUCAUCGAGGGUCUCGAGUCGUCGCUGCAAACCGUGCGUGAAGAGACGGAGUCUUUGCGGGCCACCCUCCUGUCCACAACGAAGGAGAGCCGAUCUUUGAAGCGGCAAUUGUCCCUGCUGGAAGGCGGGACGUCCUCGGCGCUUGGCGAACUCGCGCGAGAGCGCGAUGAGGCGAUUGAGUCGGCUGCCGAGACCAAGAAGAGGCUCGAGGCAACGCAAAAGAAGCUGCGCACUCAGGAGGAGGACUCUGAACGCGUGCACCAGCAGUGGGCAAAGGAAAAAGAUGAGUGGGAGGAAGAGAAGCGGAAGUAUGAGCGGAGGAUCCACGUCGCUGAAAGCCGGUUGAAGGUUGUCCUCGACGAGGUCGCAGCGUUCCAGGCUGCGCAGGCCAGCGGGCUCAACGGAGCGGCCAACGGUGCCGAGAGUGAUGCGGAAGACGGCGGCAAGGACAACGAUGCGGCCAGUGUCAGGACUAUGAGCAUGACAAACAGCAUCCGCUUUUCGGCCGCCAACAGCAUCCUCAAGGCUAACGGCAACUCGCUGGCUGACGAGCUGGGUUUCGAUGGCGGCUUUGACGAGGAGAGCGACUACGGUGGUCGAGAGAGCGUCCUCUCGAAGGGACACUCGCGAAACUUCAGCCGAGAGAGCGCUCCCUUCAGGACACACCGCAGGCACCGGAGUAACGAAAGCUUGGCGAGACCGGGCAGCAGCAUUUCUCGUGGGAAGCUGGCCUUCAAUGCUGCAGCGCUGGAAAGGCUCGAAGACGGGAUUAUCAAGGAGGAUGACGAGUUGCCGCCGCCUGCACCCAAGCCCAGCUAUGUCGACACUGGCAUUCAGUACUCGCCGCCUCCAUCACCAAAGGUCGUUCCCAUCAAGCCCUCGACUCCCGAACCGUCGCCGUUCCUGCAGCGAUCCGAGAGGCCCUUCGAUGUGGACAGUCCCCCGCGUGCUGACCACGAGGUCGAGGCGAACCAGCGCAGGAAACGGGUGCACGUAGGCCAUCCCAUUCCCAUUAAGACGCCGGGUCUGCACAACCUGAUGGUCAAUGGGUCGUCGCAGACCGUGGAGGAGCCUCUCAGUCCCCCGAAGACGCCCAAGACGCCGUUCCAAGAGAUCCCGCCUACCCCUAAGCCCGCCGCUGCCCCCGACAUGGUUUCCGUCUCGACCCAGACCGAUGACCUGCCGCCUCCGCUUCAACCAUCCUUCCUUGGCCUCCCAAUGCCCAUCCCCAGCAUCAGCAUCAUCCCUCCGACAAGCCGUCCCAGCACGCCUCGCGAGCCACGCCUCCCACAGCUGUGCAAGGAUUUCGGUUGCCAAGUGAAUCUGCCGAGCACCCUGCAAACUACCUCUUCUUCCAUGCAGACGGAGGAGAUUCGCGUCGACAAGAGAUUAGACAAGUUGCCGCCACAUCUUCACCCCUCAGCCAUCACAUCCAGGCCGUCUUCGCCCGCGAACGGUGCCGCAGAUUAUGCCACUGAGGAUACCCGGCAGUUCACACCGAUCCCUGGAAACCUGCCUCCGCGGAAUCCGCGACGACUUGAUAGCAAGCGGAGCUUGUCAGAGGUGCCGUCGUCGCCCCCGAUGGUUUCGUCUUCAAUCUUGGAAGAAGCCCACGAUUCUUAUCCGGGCAACAACGACGACGGCCCACUGUCUAGUCAGAAAGCCCCAAUGCGGCGGCCGCCGCGGAUCAGCAGCCUAUUCGCAGGGUUCGAAGGAAACAGCUCCGACGAGGCGGAUGAAUUCAUGGAUGCUGACUUAAGCGACUCGGAAUAUCGCACCGCCCUCUCUGCGCCGAAGCCACCGAGUAACUCGAGCCGAGGGGCGAAACGCAACUCCGUGGGAACCGUGACGUCGUCCGAGAACGCGCUCUCGCCAAAGUUGAACGCUCGUUUCUUUGCCCGCGGUCUGGAGAGUCCUGAGGGUGUUGACUCUGUUGCCUACCAGAUGCGGGAGAUGCGUGAUGCCGGCUUCGGCAGAAGGGGCUCAAGACGCGGCGGACGGUCUCUGAUGUUUGGUACCAAGUCGAGUGUCAUGCGCAGGACUGCCAUGAUCCAGAGUGGCAUCGCCUCACACCAAAGGGCCAGGAGCCCGAGUCUGGCCGAUCCGUCGGAGCCUCCAUUCCCUAUCCCUACGAGGGCCAGCUCGAGGAAGCCACCAGUGAGCAGUAGCGCCCCCAGUGACGGCCGUGCAAGCCCGAGUAGGGGCUUUGACGCCUGGCCUAGACGAGGGUCGAGCCGGAGCCACUACCGCGCCAACAGCAUUCGCAAAGUGCGCUCCGCGGCCGCGCUUCCUCGGAACCAGCGGUACCGGCGACGCGGCAGUCGCUCACCGCCACCUUUCUCGGUGUCCACGGAGGCGCCGGAGAGCCCACGGCUGCCUCCGCUGCCGAGCAACGGUAGCAUGACGUCGCGGACGAGGGAUGGGUACCGGUUCAAGACGCAUAGGUCGCAGCCGUCCACAACCACGGCCAACACGACAGACACGGGCGCCCAAUCUCGCGGCGGCGCGAAACAACCUCCUACUGUAGUCGACGCCAUCGCGCAGACCAUGGUCGGCGAAUGGAUGUUCAAGUACGUGCGCAGACGCAAAUCGUUUAGCAUGCCGGACUCCAAAGGGGGCGACGAUAACAGCAACGAUCGCCAUAAGAGGUGGGUCUGGCUUGCGCCGUAUGAGCGUGCGAUUCUCUGGAGCAGCAAGCAGCCGGCUUCGGGAAGCGCGCUGUUGGGCAAGUCUGGCCGCAAGUUGACAAUCCAGUCGGUUCUCGACGUGAAGGACGACAAUCCGCCGCCGAAGGGCGUCACUCAACUGUUCAACAGAUCCAUCCUAAUCCUGACGCCAGAGAGGGCGCUGAAGUUCACGGCCACAAACGCCGAGCGCCAUUAUAUCUGGCUGACAUCGCUGUCAUUCCUGGCGCAUUCCAACCAGGCCAUACCCGACGCGCUCUUGGUACCGCAGCCCAAGCCGCUGGUCGACCAGUAUGAGCUGCCCAAACCCAAGCGGAGGCCGAUCCGAGACUCAAUCCGUCUCACCAAGGCGAAAACGGCCGUUAUCAAAUCGGACCCGGUGACGGCGGAAUCCGCGCAGACGGACAGUGCCCCGCCGAGCGUUCCCACCUACAGGCCGCCUCCGCUGCCCGACGUGUACACGCUCCCAACCCACGCCCGCGACUUGUCCCGGGACGCGGCGGAACCGCCCGCUAUUCCCCGGUUCUCCGACCGGGGGGCGCACAUGCCGGUGCACGGGCGCAAGCGGAGCAACACGGGCGGCCACGUGCCGCCGCCGCUCUCCUUCCGAGGCUUCUCGGGCCCAGCUGGCAGCGGCGGCGCGUACCACGCGUCGACAAACAGCACGGCGGGCAACAGCAUCAUGACAGCCGGGUCGUCGGAUAUUUACAGCAACGCGGGCGCCAGCGCCGUGACGGGGUCGAGCGGCAUGACGUGGGCGACGGGCUCGAUGCGCACGUCGGAGGCGUCCAGCCGGCCCAGCGCGCCGGUCCAGAACAACUUCUUCGACGCCAUCGGCACCGUCCGCAUGGAGGCCUUCAUCAGCCCGCUGUCGUUCAGCGGCCGGUUCGACGAGUUCUCGACGUCGUACGAGCAUCAGCAACAGGUGCUGCAGCCCGACGACUUCCGCCGCGCCACGCGCCGCCGCAGCAAGGAGCUCCGCCGCAGGGCCAGCCGCAACAGCCGCCAGCGCGACAGCUACCACAGCAGAACCACGCGCGCCACGGACGAGCUGGACGACUGGUAUCUGAGGGAUGACCCCUUCAAGGGGUUCUAAGGGUGUCCGCUCCCUUUUAGGCGCCCCGCUCUCUUCCUCCUUCUUUUCGCUCCCUCCUUUCCAAAAAGAGAUAAUUAUCAAGUGGCUCGCGCCACCGUCCCAGUCAUGACUGACGCUUCCCUAUCCUUCCGUCCAUGCGUUUUUCUUG